AUGGCUCCGGCGAACAGUGGUACCGGACCUGAGGCCCCUCUCCUCCCGGACAUCGUUGACGGGAAACGUGCUUCGAUUCCAGGGGCAGUUUUUAAUGUUGCAACUAGCAUAAUUGGUGCAGGAAUCAUGUCCAUUCCAGCAACUCUUAAGGUGUUAGGCGUUUUUCCAGCUUUUGCAAUGAUAGUAUUGAUAGCUUUUGUGGUGGAUAUAUCGGUCGAGUUCAUGUUAAGGUUCACUUAUUCCGGCCAGUCGACAACCUAUGCUGGAUUGAUGAGGGAGUCUUUUGGAAGGGCUGGAUCUGUUGCAGUGCAGAUUUGUGUUAUGAUCACCAAUCUUGGUUGUCUUAUUAUGUAUCUCAUUAUUAUCGGAGAUGUGCUGUCUGGUAAAGGGGCAGAGCAUUUGGGGGUUCUGCAAGAAUGGUUUGGCAUCCACUGGUGGAAUUUGCGGCCUGUCGCCCUUCUCUUGAUAGUCGUUGUCGUUAUGCUUCCACUUGUCAUGUUUCGUCGGGUUGAAUCAUUAUGGCUGAGUUCAGCAGUAUCAGUUUUUCUAGCAGUUGUGUUUGUUGGGAUAUGCUCAGUGAUGGCAAUUACUGCAAUAGUAAAAGGGGAAACCGUUAGUCCAAAAUUGGUUCCCCAGUUCGAUAAUGGAACCUCCUUUUUCGACCUUUUCACGGCAGUACCAGUAAUUGUGACAGCAUUCACAUUUCACUUCAAUGUUCAUGCAAUUGGAGUUGAGAUGGGGAAACCAGCUGAUAUGCUUUAUGCUGUCAAAAUAGCUUUAGUACUAUGUGCUGCCAUCUACUUCACCAUCGGCCUUUUUGGGUACCUUUUGUUUGGGGAAUCCACCAUGGAUGACAUUCUAGUGAACUUUGAUCAGAGUUCAGGUUCAGCAAUAAAUUCAUUGCUCAACGAUUUGGUUCGACUGAGUUAUGCAUUCCAUCUAAUGCUGGUUUUUCCACUCUUGAACUUCUCCCUGAGGACAAAUAUUGAUGAAUUUCUGUUCAGUACUAAGAAGCCGGUUUUAGCAGCAGACAACAAAAGAUUUUUGGUCCUCACUUUUGCUUUGUUAGCAUUGGCCUAUGUUGCAGCCAUAACCAUUCCAAGUAUUUGGUAUUUCUUCCAGUUUGUGGGAUCAACUUCUGCAGUCUGCCUAGCAUUCAUAUUUCCUGGUGCCAUUGCAUUAAGAGAUAUUCACGGUAUUUCUACAUCAAGGGACAAGAUCAUAGCAGCAAUCAUGAUAACUCUUGCAGUAAUUACAAGCACAAUAGCUAUUUCUACAAAUUUGUAUAAGUUGAUUAGAAACACUUAA